CAUUAAAGUUUUAAACUUGAAACAAUGAAGAUCACACAAGUCUUCGUUAUUUGCUGCUUAUUACUGGGAACAGUAUCAGGCUCACCCCAACUACACAAAGCCUCGGAUGGCAGAGAAUAUCUCAUCGAAACAGAACUUAAGUAUAACUGGUAUCAGGCUUGGCAUGAAUGUGCACGCAGAGAUUUCCAACUUGUUAUUAUAGAUAAUGCAGCCAAAAAUACUGCCAUUAUAAAUCUGUUGAAAAGAGUCAUAGGAAAAUCCCAUAAUUUGUGGCUGGGUGGUAAUGAUGAAUUUAGCUCUAGUCGAGACUAUAAAAGACCCUUUUUCUGGUCCGCCACGGGCAAACAAUUUACGUUUAGCUUUUGGUCCGACAACAAUCCAGAUAAUUAUCAAAAUCAAGAACAUUGUGUACACAUCUGGGCCUCUAAACCCCUAUAUCAAUGGAAUGAUGUGGGUUGCACUAAUAAAAUGGGUUUUAUAUGUGAAGUUAACCACUAUAAAGAAACCUAUAAUAAGGAUCUUAAGAAUAAAUGUGAUGUGAUUAAGAAAACCAGUUCUGGAAUUGCCAUUGAAUUUGAUCAAACGAAAAAGCAACAGUUAUCGGAAAUUGAUAGUAAAUUACAAAAUAUAGAUCGUAUGGGUGACGAUUGGAAGAUAAAGAUGCAACAAUUGCAAAAUACUACACAAGCAGCAGUACAAAAACUGCUCGAUGAACAACAGGUGAGCGUUAAGCAAUUGACCGAGAAAAUGCUGAAAGAAGUAAGCGAUUUGAAUGUGGAACUGAAGAAAUCAGCUACGCAGCUAAGUUCACAAUUUGGCGAAAAGUUAAAUGGUUCUUUCUCAUUCCCUUGGAGUAUAAACAAUUUAAUUGUUAUUAAGCAGGGAGGCUAAAAGAACUGGUUUUAACGCUAGUUUUACAAAGAAACUUUGACUCAUAAUUAAGUUUUUUUUUUAAGAAAACAAAUAAAUAAAUGAUCACUAAAUAUUUAAGAAA